AUGUUUGAGGUGAUACAUUGGAACUCACCCAAAAAGUUGAGAGUAAAGAACAAGCAUGUGGAGUUUUUCCGCAACCUCUAUCUGACAUUCCUAGAAUAUGAUGGGAACUUGCUGAGGCGAGAGCUUUUUGGAUGUCCCAGUGAAGCUGAUGUCAACAGUGAAAAUCUACAGAAACAACUAUCUGAGCUGGAUGAAGAUGACUUGUGUUAUGAGUUUCGACGGGAGCGUUUCACUGUCCACCGGACUCACCUAUAUUUUUUACACUACGAGUAUGAGUUUGCUACAGAUAACACUGAUGUGACAUUGGUGGCACAGCUCUCGAUGGACAGAUUGCAGAUGCUUGAAGCCAUUUGUAAACACUGGGAAGGGCCAAUCAGUUUGGCACUCUAUCUUUCCGAUGCAGAAGCCCAACAGUUUCUGCGCUACGCUCAAGGUUCGGAGGUCCUCAUGAGCCGUCACAAUGUUGGAUAUCACAUAGUGUAUAAAGAGGGACAAUUCUACCCUGUGAAUCUCCUGCGGAAUGUGGCUAUGAAACACAUCAGCACUCCAUACAUGUUUCUGUCUGAUAUUGACUUCUUGCCUAUGUAUGGACUCUACGAGUACCUCAGGAAAUCUGUUGGCCAACUGGACUUAGCCAAUACAAGAAAAGCUCUAAUUGUACCUGCUUUUGAAACUCUCCGCUAUCGCCUCUCUUUUCCAAAGUCAAAAGCAGAGCUGUUAUCUAUGUUGGACAUGGGAACACUCUUCACAUUCAGGUAUCAUGUAUGGACAAAAGGGCAUGCACCAACCAACUUUGCCAAGUGGCGAACAGCCACCACACCAUAUCGAGUUGAAUGGGAAGCAGAUUUUGAGCCAUAUGUUGUGGUAAGGCAGGAUUGUCCAGAAUAUGACCGAAGGUUUGUUGGAUUUGGUUGGAAUAAAGUUGCACACAUUAUGGAAUUGGAUGCACAGGAAUAUGAAUUCACAGUGCUCCCCAAUGCCUACAUGAUCCACAUGCCACACGCGCCCAGCUUCGACAUCACCAAAUUCCGUUCCAACAAGCAGUACCGUAUUUGUCUCAAGACCCUCAAAGAAGAGUUCCAGCAGGAUAUGUCACGCCGCUAUGGCUUUGCCGCACUGAAAUAUCUCACGGCUGAGAACAACAGCUAGCACCACCAGACUCUUAGUGGAAAGCAAACUGAAAAGAGGAGCCGUUUCAUGUGUGUGGACCCCAUUCUUAAUUGUGGGACACCUUUGGUUGUUUUUGGUUUGGUUUUGUUUUUAAAUCACAUCAAACAGUUCUAACAGUAGAGAUUUGGAACAAGAUGUCUCUGGACGUUGCUCAAAAGCACCACUCAUCCACCACCCACAAAACUUUGGCUUGAUUGACCAAGAGGUGGAUACAAAAUAUAUGGGGUGGGGGGGACAGCGUUACCCACAUCUGUUGGCAGCACACAGGGUGGCAGUAACUGUGUAAAGCAGAUCUUUAUUCUUAAAAUUGCACACAGAUCUUCUUUGGAAUAUAGGCUUUCAUGUUACUAUUUAAUAAUUCCAGUUUUUUUAAAAAAAGAAAUGUAAAGGAAGAUCUUCAGAUUACUAUCCUGUGAAUUAAAUGAACAAAACCAGCCCCUACUUCUCCUUAUUAAAGGAAUUUGCCUAUGUCAAACAGC